AAAAUAUUUAGGGAUCAAAAUACCUUGUUUUUUAUUUUAUUUUAUUUAGAGUCAUAUUUCCGUUGUCCUACAGGUACGACAGAAAGUGGUGCGGUUGAAUGAACAUUGCCUUAGUCAGUUAUCUUCCCUGUUUCUUAUUUUUGUUGUUAAUGGGUUCCAUCAGAGGAGUGAAGAAGAGAAAGAAAAGUGACAACGAUAACAAAGAUGCCAUUGCAACCACCCCAUUUCCAUUCUACUCUCAGCCUCAUCACCCUUCUGAUUCUGAUUGGUGGUAUCACUUCUCCAAAAGAAUCACUGGACCUUUAGCUAGAUCUAAAGAUAUCGAGAAAUUCGAAUCAGUUUUCAAGAUCUCAAGAAAGACAUUCAACUAUAUAUGUUCUCUUGUGGAAAAAGAUAUGCUGGCCAAAUCCUCUGGUUGUGCUGAUUUAAAUGGCAAACGUUUAUCUUCGAACGACCAAGUGGCCAUUGCUCUUAGAAGGCUUAGCUCUGGUGACUCGUUGACAACCAUCGGCAACUCAUUUCGGGUGAACCUGUCAACUGUUUCCCAUAUAACAUGGCGGUUUGUGGAAGCAAUGGAAGGGAGAGGACUCUGCCAUCUUAGCUGGCCUUCAACUGAAAUGGAAAUGGAAGAGAUAAAGUCCAAGUUUGAGAAAAUUCGGGGCCUUACUAACUGUUGUGGUGCAGUUGACAGCACACACAUAUUGAUGACUUCUCCCACUGUAGACCCUGAGAGUAGUGUAUGGCUUGAUUCCGAGAAGAAAUGCAGCAUGGUUUUGCAAGCCAUUGUGGAUUCGGAUUUGAGAUUCCGUGACAUAGUUACUGGAUGGCCUGGAAGUGUGAGUGAUGACCAUGUUCUUCGAAGCUCGGCUUUUUUCAAUCUUACUGAAGAAGGGAAGAAGUUAAACGGAGGUAAGAAAAUACUUCCGGACGAAACAAUGUUGAGGGAAUAUAUAGUUGGCGAUACAGGGUUCCCCCUUUUGCCAUGGCUUCUUACUCCUUAUGAAGGCGAAGGCCUCUCUAACGUUCAGGUUGAUUUUAACAAAAGGGUUGCUGCGACCCAAAUGGUAGCGAAGAGAGCAUUGUCAAGGCUGAAGGAGAUGUGGAAGAUAAUCGGAGGAGUGAUGCAGAAGCCUAACAAGCACAAAUUACCAAGAAUUAUUCUUGUUUGCUGCAUACUACAUAAUAUAGUUAUCCAUCUGGAGGAUGAAGUGCUGGAUGAUAUGCCCUUGUGCCUCAAGCACGAUUCAGACUAUCAAGAUCAAACCUGCGAAUUUGUUGACGAUACUGCCUACGCAAUGAGAGAGAAGCUUUCUCUCUACUUGUCAGGCAAACUGUCGGCCUGAAAGAUCAUUCCUUUUGAUUGUUACAAUUUAAUUGGAGUAAUGUUAACAUGGAUUUUUACUCCCAUCUUCAUGUUGGUCACAACUAACUUUGAUAGAAAUACAUAAAAAUAUUUUUGUUGAGUUCAAUGCAUGUAGCCAAUGCUGGUAGAAAAGAGAUUAGUUUGUGCUAUUAUUGCUAUUGAUGCAUUUUUCUUUAUAGGAAAAUGUUAGUAAGUCAGUGUUUAUGUUAGUUUCAAACUUUGAAUUCAAUCCUCCUUUUUGAGCUAUCUAUGUGGAAUGCUAUUGCUGCA